AUGUUUUCUUCUUCUUGCUCUCUUUUCGUCGGUGUUCAACUGAGCUUGCUUGCUAUAGUCAGCGCCAACAUCUUUGUGUGUAAUCAGCAACAGACUGUAGACGACUAUGUUGACGUAUCAUCCACUUUCGGGCCCGAUCUGCCACCAAAAGGAUUGCGCGGAGUUCUCGUAAAAGCAGAGCCAUCUAAUGGCUGCUCUGCCAUUGCCAAUCCGCCGAGCGUCGGGAACUACACUGGAAAAUGGCUUGCGCUUAUUAAUAGACAAAACUGCAGCUUCGAGAUGAAGGUGCGCAAUGCUCAGGCGGCCGGCUACGACUGCGCUGUCGUACACAACGUUGACUCUGAUGAAUUAGUGGCUAUGUCAGCAAGGAACCAUACCGGUAUACUGAUUCCUUCCGUAUUUGUUGGCAGCCACACGGGACUUAUAUUAGAAAAAGAAUAUCUCUAUACUAAGGGGUAUCAAUUAAAGGUGGACGACCUUCCUAAGAAAGACAAGGCUAAGGUCGAUUUACAAGCACCGCUCAUACUGACAUGGCCCUGGUAUUUCAAUCCUUACACGCGUACCAACUAUUGUCUAUAA